AUGGGGCAUGUGUUUCUCAUACAUUUGGUAUUGUGGUGUCCAGAAAAGGUGCAGAGUUUGUCAGUGUUCUGGAACCUGGAGGAGGAAGACGAGGAGGAGGUGGCGCAGAUGAUCGGAUCGUUGCCUGGCAUCGACUGGGAGGGAAACCUGUGUUCUUCAGUACCAGUUCCAAGACCAUCUCCAGCAAGCGGAUGUUGGGACGGGUGGACGGAGAACCCUGACACAGGUGAGUGUUACCUGCUGGUGAAGGAGUUGGUGGUCGUUGGUGACGCCCACACCUACUGUGCCUCCCUGGCCCAGAACGACAACACGCCGGAGAUUAUCUCUCUCUCCACCUCCCAGGAACACGUCUUCGUAUACGAGUGGGUGAAGGGGCAGGUGGUGGACGGUGACCGCCUGUGGCUGGGAAUGAAGAACAUGGCCGACAAUUACUGGCUGGACGGAACACCUGUUGGGUAUUUCAACUUCGCCCCCGGUGAACCAAACAGUUACCAGGACGGCAAUUACUGCAUCAUGAUGUCCAUGGCUUCGGGGCUCUGGGAGGACGCUAUUUGCCUAGUGGCCAGUGCUUUUAUCUGUGAGAUGAAAGGCACCAAUUAUGUGGGACCCAUAGUGCCAAUCCCGCCCCCAGGUGAACCAGAGUUAGUAAUUAGAGAAAGGCAGAGAAAUAGCUGGGGACUUCAUCUUGGUGUUACAUACUAG